GUAUCUAUAGAGAUAAAAUAAAUAAACGAGAAGCAGCCAAAUAUCAAUUUAAUUUUCCUUGCAAAAAUGGCCGAUCGCAAACCUAAAACAGACUCCCCAGAGGCUGUAAUUAGGCCAAAUCCGGAUAUAAAAAAAGGAGAAAAUAAAGAACAGGAGAAAACCGAAGGGAAGGAUGAGAAACCCGACAAAGCAAAGGGAAAAGGAGAGCCCAAGACUGAAACUAAGGAGACUAGAGUUCGAUGGUUGACUCGAGCAAUGGCUGAGGAUUUCACCCGACAUGAUGUGCUAUUCACCACGUUUCGGGAAGCAGUGCUUUACAUUAUUUUCGUGAUUGCUGUGACGAUUUGCACGGUUGGGAGACGGUCCGCUUCUAUGUUUUACAUCACCCAAGCCCUGAAAGGCCAGUUUUUGGAAAAAGACUUUCAAACAGCUAAUGAAAAAGAUAUUAAGUAUUACGAUAUUAGGUCGGCGACUGAUUUUUGGCAUUAUACGCAGUCUUUAAUGCUGGAAAACUUCUAUUGGGAACAUUACUACAAUCCGUACAAUCCUGUGGCAAAAGCCAAAGAUGACGACAAGAAGAUUCUUUUCGAAAACAAGUUGCUGGGAGUUCCCCGAAUAAGACAAGUCAAAGUGAAGAAUGAUUCGUGCAUAAUACAUGAAUAUUUCCGACGCUUAUUUACAUCAUGCUACGAUUUGUACGGACCUACUGACGAAGAUCGGGCACCCUUUGGCCUGGAAGCCGGAACAGCAUGGACCUACAACACAGCUGAAAAAACUGAAAGCAUCCCUUUUUCUGGAAAAAUUUCAAAGUACGGGGGCGGCGGCUUUUACUUAGAUUUGUCGACAAACAACGAGGACACGGCCAAGUUAAUUCGAGAUUUGAAAGAAAACUUGUGGAUAACUCGAGGCACCCGAGCGAUUUUCAUCGAUUUCUCCAUCUAUAACGCAAAUUUAAAUUUAUUUUGCGUCUGCAAAUUAAUUUUUGAGUUUCCACCCACGGGUGGAAUAAUCCCGUCGCAUUCUUUCCACGCAGUGCAUCUAGUCCACUACGUAAACAGUUGGGAUUACGUUACUUUCGUUUUUGAGUGUACUGUUUAUGCAAUCGCUGGCUUUUUCCUGGCCGAAGAGAUCAGGGAAAUAAUUUAUUUCAAAUUGCGCUAUUUUCUGCAAUUUUGGACCUAUAUCGAUGUCGUUAUCAUAGGCAUGGCUUUCGCGAAUCUUAUCACUUCGAUUGUGGUAUUCCCGAAUGUGGAUGACGCGAUUUUGAAAAUACAAAAGAAUCCGCAAAAGUACGGAAAUCUGGAAUAUCUGGCCGAGAUGAGGAUUUUUUACAACAAUUUUGCCGCGUCCCUGCUCUUCUUUUCCUACAUCAAGUUGUUCAAAUACCUCAACUUUAACAAAACCAUGGGGCAACUCAACAAUACGCUGAAACGGUGCGCAUUCGACAUUUUGGGCUUCUCGAUUAUGUUCUUCAUUAUAUUUUUUGCGUUUGCUUUGUUGGGAUAUUUGCUGUUUGGGAGCCAAGUCGAGGACUUUAGCAGUUUUGGGGUGGCCAUGUUCACAUUAUUGCGGACAAUUUUGGGCGAUUUUGACUACCAAGCGAUCGAAAAAGCCAACAGAGUUCUGGCGCCGAUUUAUUUCCUUGCCUACAUUUUCUUCGUGUUCUUCGUGCUAUUGAACAUGUUUUUGGCCAUUAUUAACGACACUUAUGCCGAUGUCAAGACCGAGAUUGCCAUAGCACCUGAUGAGAUGCAAAUGACCGAGUUUUUGAAGAAAGGGUUCUACAAAAUGUUGCAGAAAUGCGGUUGCAAUAUAAAAUAUUUCCAGCAGCAAAAAGCCGAAUUUAAUGCCACAAUUCAACAAAUCCGCGAUGCACUUAAAAAGUGUGGUUUUAGCGACCUGGAAAUAGAAAUGUUUUUUGCACGGUAUAACAUCGAUCCUUUGGCUGAAGUUGGCGAUUAUGAUAUUAAAAAAAUCAUGAAGGAAUUGGAAGGACAGUCGAUGGCUAAGGAAAAGGUGGAUGAAGACACGACUCUUGUGCACGUCAGCGAUUUUAUAACGCAACAAGAAAGACUCGACCAGAUUGAGAAAACCAUUCAAAUGCUUGCCACAAAGAUAGAUACGUUAAUUAAAAAACUGGAAGCACUUGAAAAUGUGAGGAAAGCUAAGGCAACGCAAGGCUGAUUGUCAGUUUUAAGUACUUUGAUUAGAAGUUUUAUAUUUUUUGAAUUAUUGUU